AUGUUGCCCAAAAAGCGAAAUACUCAUUUAAAAAAAGCUCGACAGGCAAAAAAGUUAAAAUAUUCCAACAAAUCUGAGUUCUCUGUAGUAACAAAUAAUAAUAACAUUGAAGUAGAAUCAGAAUUAAUAUUAAACCAAAAUUUUAAUAUAUUAAAUACUGCAAUAUAUAUUCCUUAUGAUUUGUCUGAGUCUGAAUCUAAUGAGUCUGAAUCUGAUGAGUCUGAAUCUAAUGAGUCUGAAUCUAAUGAGUCUGGAUUAGGAUCUGAGAAUUUAUUUCAAGAAUUACAAUAUUCAACUAAAUCAGAAUUUAAAUUGCGACAAGAAUUACAUUCAAAAAGCAAUUUAUAUGUUAAAUAA